AUGCAAUUGCCAGUUCUCAGCUGCACUUUCCUCACGCUGUCAGAGAGUGAGGAAAGUACUGCCGAGAAUUGGCAGUUGUCAGAGCAGGGAUCAGCACCAAUCAUCAGGGCACUGAUGAUCAGUGCCCUGAUGAUCGGUGCCCAGCAGUGCCACCCACCAGUUCCGCCCACAAGUGCCCAGCAGUACCACCCACCAGUGCUACCCACCAGUGCCCCCACCAGUGCAGCCCAUCAGUGCCACCCACCAGUGCAGCCCAUCAGUGCCGCUUGUCAGUGCCGCCCAGCAGUGCCGCCAGUCAGUGCCCAGCAGUGCAGCCAGUUAGUGCCCAGCAGUGCCACCAGUCAGUGCCACCUAUCAGUG